AUGUCAACAUUCAAGAGCGACAGCUUGGAAGAACUCGACCUCAGUUCAAAUAAAAUAACGAAUGUGGAGUUCGAUAGAUGGGAAACACCCAAACUGAGGAUCCUCUCGCUCCAACAAUGUGCAGUGGAAUCAGUUCGAAUCUUCAAGAGUGACAGUCUCGAAGAACUCGAGGAACUCUUCCUCAAUGGGAAUAUAAUCUGGAAUGUGGAGUUUGACAUGAGGAUAAUUCCCAAAUUGAGAAAUCUUCAGCUCUCUAGUAAUGAUUUGACCUCAGACCCAGCCGUCAAAAGCGACAGUCUGGAAGAACUCAACCUCAAUUCUAAUAAAAUCAGGAUUGUGGAGUUCAAUAGAUGGGAAACACCCAAAUUAAGGAAACUCUGGCUCAGAGGAAAUGCGUUGACCUCACUUCAAGACUUCAAGAGCGAUAGCCUGGAAGAACUCGACCUCGGAAUAAAUAAAAUCACGAAAGUGGAGUUCGACAAAUGGGCAACUCCCAAAUUGAGGAUACUCAUUCUUGACCACAAUUCCUUGACCUCACUUCCAGCCUUCAAUAGCGACAGAUUGUCUGAAGGACUUCCUGUUUCCAAGUCAAAGGAAGGUAAUGUUGCUUACCGUCUAGUACUUCCGUAA